CUUGGAAGACAUAUUUCUCCCAAGACAUUUUCUCGUUUGUCGCCGGCUGCUGUGCGGAGGUUUGCUACAUGGCGCAGACAAUACACAGUGACGUGCAAUGCUCCCCCCUUCGUGCUGCGAGCUUUGUACCGGAAGUGGGCGAAAUUUCAUCGCCAAAGCGAGGCUGGAGGGACUUUCAUCGGUGGUGCAUUGAAAGAGGGGGCUGGGGGAGCGCGUGUGUGGACUCCAAGACGUGGAUGUCGCUGUGUGUUUAGACCCUCGGUGUGGAGGCUGCUUGCAGUUCAGCCUGGGGUCGGCUGACGGCGUCACACGACAGGCUUUUCUCGUCCACAGCUUUCCCAGUGAACCACACGCGAGUGAGGAGAAAGCCUCACCCUCGCUAGUCCCUCAUCACAGUCGCGCCUUUCGCUCACUUCCACGACUACGACGACCGCCACCACCACCACCACGCUUGACUGGCAACAACAGUUGCUUCGCCCCACAACCUGAGCCCGAGAGGAAGGUAGGAGGUCGGUGAUGAUUGUUUCCACUACCUUGGUGAUAACGGCAAUCUCCGGGGCGCGCGGGGUGUUGUUUGUGUGACACCAAAGUCGUGGUGGAGCAGCUGCUGGAGAAGGCGUAGCACCUGAGACUCUGGCACCUGCGUGGCGGUGCUUUGAAGCUGGCAGGAAGCGAGUUUUGCUCAGACCUACAAGAUGGGGCUCACACGCUGCGGCAACUUCCUGAAGUACUCCAUGUUCUUGUUCAACGCCGUCAUACUGAUCGCCGGCUGUGGGUUGCUGGGGUUUGGUGUCUACACCCGCACCAACGACUCCCGGGUGGCUCGCUUUUCCUCCAUCGUGGGUAGCUACCUGUACUCCACCCUCUCGCUUCUCCUCAUCAUUCGGCGGCGGGGUGGUCAUCCUCUUGUCCUUCCUCGGCUGCUGCGGGGCCAUCAAAGAAGUCCGGUGCAUGCUGGGAUCGUUCUUCUUCUUGCUGCUGCUCAUGCUGAUUGGCUUCUUGGUAGGCGGGAUCCUCAUCUAUGCUUACCGGAAUCAGAUAGGUGAUUAUGUCAUGAAAGAGCUGUACACGUCUCUCAACUCUUCGUACGGACGGGCGGACAGGAAGGAAGUGACGGAAACCUGGGACUUCAUGCAGAAAGUUUUUAGCUGUUGCGGCGUGUACGGGGAUGUCAACUCCUCCACAUCCUGGGCUUUCUACAGAACAACCUUGUGGUUCCUCAACCAGACAGAAACGUCUAUGAAGAAGUAUGUGCCCGACAGCUGCUGUUUGAGCAUGAUGGGAGAUAACCUGACCCGGUGUGUGGGGGGCAUGGGCUACGAACACAUUGCACCCGCUCGUGGGCCACCCGUGUACCCGGCCAUAGAAAACGGCAUCAUGUUUACCGAGGGCUGCUACUCGGCGUUCAUCGCCUUCCUGUCGGACAACAUCAAAGUGGUUGGAGGCGUGUGUGUCGGGGUGGCGGUGUUGAUGGUUCUAGCUAUGACCUUUGCCCUCUGCCUGUGUCGACGAAUUAAAGAUGACUAUCUCUUCGACUGAACUUGAGGAGAUCAUCAUCACACCUGAACACGCCAAGUGCUAAGGACUCCGCUGUCCUGUGAUGUUUCUUUGAAGAAUUCUGUUGACAAGAUUAUGUAAACUGAACUAAGAGGGAAUUCGUGAAUGUUUCAUCCUGUGAACUGUACAUACAUGUACAUAUGUGUACAUCGAUAGCCGCGCACCUUGUUGCUUUGUCAUUUGUUCUCCCGUCCACUGUCCACCCCUCUACGUGUUCACUUGUGGUUAGCGACAGUGAACUGGGCCGGCCAGGUAAAUGUACAGGUAUGUCAUCGUCAAGAAUGAAGUGGAUACCUGUAGGAAGUUCACCUUUUCUAAGUGUUUGAACCUUCAGUAGUGUAGGUGACGUGGCUCAUGUGUCUUAACCAUCAGCAUUCGGCGGACUUGGAGUCUGUUUGAAUAAUUAUAGUUAAUUAAUGUUAACAUAUCUGUCUGUGUGCGCGCUCACGUGUGUGUGUGAGGGGAAGGGUGCGUGAACUUGUAAUAUAAGAAAUUAGUAUUGUGUGUGUGAAGACGAUUGUGUAUCCUUGUGUUGAUGUAUGUAGAGGAGAACACGAGGGAGAGAGAGAGAAGUGAAGUAACGAAGUAAGAAGUGAUGUUAGUCAUCGAUCAUUGCCAGACUUGUAUUGAAAUGUUUGCUGACAACUUGACGAAGCACGUAGCUGUGCUGUCUGCCUUUAUCAACUGUUCUUCCCAUCAUUUCCCUGAAAAGCCGAGCCUGCCUCCAUGGGUGUGACAUCAUCUUGUGAGUGUGUGAGUCUCGUGUCUGUCUGUCUGUCUGUCUGUCUGCCUGCCUGCCUGCCUGCCUGUCUGCCUGCCUGCCUGUCUGUCUGUCUGUCUGUCUGUCUGUCUGUCUGUCUGUCUGCCUGUCUUGUUAAAUGGUUGGAGGUUUGGUGUGUGCAUGUGUCUGUAUGAUGUCCAGCAGUCUUCCUCGUCGUGGCCAUUCUGCUGGGUUGUAGACUGCUUCAACAAGUAAACUACACUUGUGUACUUAUUAACCCCGCCUCUAAAACAAAACUCAGAAGCAAAUGAGGUUUUUGUGGAGUUUAUUUCCACACCAUCAGUUCUCCUUGAUGGAUGCCACCAUCCUUACAGUAAUAGUAUCUUCCCGACUUGUAUUUCAUUUUAAACACAGAUUUUACACAAGUUAAAAUUCAGAUGUAAACGUUUUUCAGUUGCUGUGGCGGGUUUAGAGACAAGACAGGUGGUGUAGUGUCGGGUGUAACAAUUGUGUAACGAGAGGCAGUUGUGAUCCUCAUGAAAGAUUCACAGAUGUCACGUGCAUUGUCAUAUUCACUCAAAUUGCACAAUCAUGUUUAAAUUGAAUUAAGUGAGCUUAUUUUCCACAUGAAAUGCAGACAAGUAUUAUUUUUGUUUUGAAAGGAUUUCUGUGUAAAACUGUGGUUGUAACUGCCGUCAUAGUAACAGCCACAACUGACUGACAGCAGCGACAUGAGAUGUUGUGUUCACCUUCACACAAACAUUACACAACCAACAUUUUGUACAGAAUAAAGAUUGUUGUGUACAGAGUCAA